AUGAAACCAUUUUUAAUUACAGAUGAGCAACCCCUCCCAAGAUCAACCAAUUUUUAGACCACCACUAAAUUAAUCAAGGUCACCUUAGGAUCAGGCAUAUUCGCUAUACCCUUUGCCUAUUCUUAAGCUGGACUGUUGUGGGGUGUGGUUUUGUAAUUGUUAAUUUGCGCAACGUAAUAUAAAUCAUGGUGUACAAUGGUAAAUUGUUUAGGAGAGGACAAACGACAAACUCUAAUCGAGUAUCUUUCAUCUGUUUACGGAGAUCGAAGUUGGAUCUACAUUUUGGCUAAAGUGAUGUCAAUCCUCUUGAAUUUUGGAUGUGGUUUGUCUUACAUCAUAUUGUUCUAAACAACAAUCGGAGAGUACUUUGAUAACACUUUGUGGUGUAAAUUGGUUAUGUUCUUCUUAUUGUUUAUGAUAAUUUUUGGGUUUUCUUUUGGCAAAGACCUUUAGAUGUUUACUCCAAUUUUGAAAUAUGCCCUGGUGCUAGUCUACAUUUCAUUUGCUUAUCUCUCAAUAUUGGCUGUUGUAUAAUAUCAGAAGUGGGGUUUGGUUGAACCUGAUGCAAAGAAAGUUAUGAUGGCAUUUGGAAUUAUGAUUUUUGCUUAUGACAUCAAUGGGGUUUUGACAGAAAUAAGAGUUGAAAUGGAGGAUACGUUGUCAUUUAAGAAAUGUCUCUUUAUGGCAAUGUUUUUAGAAACUAUACUCUACUUGUUCUUCGGAAUUACAAGCUCAUUAUUGUUUAAAUCAGAUACUGAUCAAUCAAUCAUUACAAACUUCCAGGAAGAAUUCAAAGGGAAUUAUCCUAUAGAAAUCACUCUUUCAAUUUUAAUGAUUUCAUAUGUCUCUAUUUUGAUUAUCAACACAUUGAUGGUCAAUAUGCCAGUCUAUCUUUUAGUCAAUUUAAGUCCAGACCAAAUUAAAAAAUUCACUUUGAAAAUCAUCUAUGUGCUCUGUUAAAUGGUACUUAAAUGUAAUUAAGAUUUAGCUCACAGCAUUCUUGUAUCCUAACUUUGCCAUAGUUCUAUCAAUAGUUGGGUGUGUUUGUUGUGUAUCACUCGGAUACAUAAUCCCUUAUGGCAUGACUUUCCACUAUGCAUUAAAACCAAUCUACUAAACUAUUAAUACAAUAGUUGUAUUAUUUGGAAUUGCAGGAGGUGUAUUUGGAAUAAUCACCUGUUUUUAUUGA